CCGAUACAAAGUGCCUUUCUUCUCGCGCCCUCUUCCUUUCCCGCCCCGCUUUUACAUGGAAAUUAGGGUUCCUGAGGAGUAUAUGAGAGCAUCUUCUCCGUCCCCUAUUUUCCAAACUCAAUCUUGCUGGGUUCCCUCGUUGUGGAAAUAGGGUUUCGUGAAACCUCUUCUCGGCGCGCUUCUGGAACAAUGGCACUUAGCUGGAGACACCACGUCCUCAUACAGGCUUUGCUCUCCCGUGGACCGAUGACGGAAGAGGACUUCCAUGCGGUCUUCGCCGCCGUCAGUGGGAAAGAUCCAGUUACACAUCGUCAACUAUUUAAUGAAGUUCUUCUCAAGAUCAACAAAGAACUAGCUUAUGUGCAAUUUGAGCUGCGAGCAUGUCAAAACCAAUAUGAUGGUAAGGUAUACUAUGGCAUGGUUAACAAUGUAGCUGAUGAGCAAUCGAAGCUUGGAACCAAGUAUUCUGUUCCACAAAUUGCAUUUUAUAAGGGAGUGGUAGAAGCAAUCGUUCAGGACGUAGCAACUCAAGGCUGCAUAAGCAGUAUUGAUGCACUUCACAUUCAAUUGGAAAAUCAGGUUCAGAAUUGUCAGAGUUCACAGGAUACGCAAUCUCGAAUCCCUGCUGCGUUCAAGAGUUUCACAAUGUCUCAGAAGGAGAAAACUCUUAAUGAUCUCAUAAAGGACCGAUGGCUGUGCUAUACCUCUGAUGGUAGAAUAGGCCUUGGUUUAAGAUCAUUCUUUGAUCUUAGGAGCUGGUUUUUCAGUAAUGAUGUACCAUCAUGUGAGGUCUGCAAUGAAGCUGGAGUGAAGGCUUCUGUAUGUUCCAAUGAAGGAUGCACUGUCCGAAUUCAUUAUUACUGUCUGAAGAAGAAAUUUCCGCAACGGAAGGGUUCAAGGGCUUGUCCUGGAUGUGGUACCGAGUGGCCCCGUUCAGAGUUUGAGGUAGAUCACUUAGAUGUACCCGAGCAGACCCAGGUGCCUUCAGCUGAUCUUUCUUCAAGAAAGAGACCCAGACGCAUGAAAGCUGAAGCAGUUGCAGCAGUUCAAUCCCAGAGUGAAACUCAAAAUGAAGCACCAUGUGGCCCCACACAAAGGAGGAGGCUCAGGAGCUGCAAAACCGAAUCAGUGGAAACCUAAGGCGAAGCUUCUCAGUCUGCCAUGCCCUCUAAUAUCAGAAGCCGUAGGUCUGACCAUGCCUAAUGUAAGUAGUCCUGGAGCAUCGCCACUUGACAACUUUCAAGUAAAUACAGUUUCUUCUUACCUUUUUCCUCUUUUUCUUUUGCUGCUCCAUGUAUUGAAAAGCUGGAACCACCAACUUGUGUUAAUCUUGAUGUAGAGCUGUAUCAUGUAGCUGGAACUCAACAGGUACUGAGCAUCUCUACAAGAUGAGCUCAAUUGGUUGCUAGUAACUGUGGCUCUUAGUCAUAUUAAGUAUGUUCCUGUUUCAUUUCACUACAUCUGGGAUAGUCAUGUAAUGGACAAAACUCACAAUUGUUCUACCAUUCAAUGUUUUUGUGUCUUUACACUAGUACUCAUUGAGAGAGCUGCCAAA